GGGAGGUCGGCGAAGAGGAAAUGCGGUUCAAACUGGGCUGUGUCUUCUUCUAACUAUCCACACCAGCCACGCAUAUUUUGGACUUGAGAGAGGGGCGAAUUGUUCGCUUUUUGUGUCAUUUUGUACACUAUUAAGCUACUUUUGUUGGCUCUGGGCAAGGUGUGUGGUUUAGUUUCCGAUCGGAAUGCCCCGACUAGGCUGUUAAACACUGGACGCCUGAUAAUGGCUUCGACGCGGAUAGUCGGCAAAGUUGCUGGGAGACUUUUGGGAAGUCUCGGAGCUCGUCGGCCCGCUUUUCAGGCGCCGCGCCCGGCGACAUUUCUUCGCAAGGUGCAACUGCCUCUGCUUGGGGCUUAUCAGGCUGUGUUCUGCAGCACGCGUCCGCCCCCUACAGAAGUGUCCAUCAGGUACAAACAUGGCCGCCUGGCUCUGGAGGUGCCGCUGACGUGCAGGAGCGAGACGUGCCUCUUCUUUCUGCAGCCCAUGCUCAUGACGGUGGGCGACCUCGUCAACGAGUUGCAGAGGGAGGACCCCGGCGCCGCCGCCACGGUGCUCUCCAAAGAUGGUGAACGUGUAGCCUCCAACACGCUGAUAGAAGCCCUGCUGAUAGACACGCACUUCAAGCUGGUCAUCAACAACACCAUUUACAAUGUCCACUCUCCUGAGAAAGUGUGCAAGUCCAGCGAGCACGCCCUGCAGCUGGAUGACAUGAAGCACGUGGUUCACCUGCUGCACACGGCCUUGCACCUACCGGAACACCAACUGAUCCAAGAGCGCCAACUACUGGAGAGACUUGACAGCCUCCAACAGGAGCUGUCACCCCUGGAAAAGAUGAAGGCACAGCUCUCACACACAGCUGAGUUCCAAACGUCCAGGGCGGUUUGGACGGGUUUGGCGCUGCUGUCUGUGCAGGGCGGCGCCCUGGCCUGGCUCACCUGGUGGGUGUAUUCGUGGGACGUCAUGGAGCCGGUCACCUACUUUGUCACCUACGCCACCAGUAUGGGGGCCUUCGCCUACUACGUUCUCACAAAGGAGGAUUAUGUCUAUCCCAAUGCUAAAGACAGACAGUUCCUGCAUUACUUCUACAAGGGGGCUAGCAAGAAGAAGUUCAAUGUGGAAAAGUAUAAUGAACUCAAAGAUGAGUUUGCUCAGGUGGAGGAUGACCUGAAACGCCUGCGAUAUCCAACGCAGCUUCAACUCCCCAUUGAACAGAUCCAGCCCAAGCCAUGAUGUCAUCACAGAGCAACAAAAAAAAAAAACACUUGCUUAUUUUCAUAAUGCUGCAUUUUUAAUCAGGAAUAUUGAUGAUGGUUGUCUUUGGAAGAGGGACAAGGAGAUGGAUAGAAACCAAAACUGGAAUACUGAAAUAAACUCAUUUCCUGAAUCUCCUGUUUGUCACUAGGAAAACUAGACUAAAACAGAUGAGUAAAGUGGGAUUGGCGUUUGACAGUGGCUCUGUUGUUCCUGAGUCAUUCAGUAGAUCAUGCAAUUUUACAAAAGUAGCAAAGGUUUGGGGGGAGAAAAAAAAAUACACACACCCAUCCUCCCUGAGGUACAGUCAUCACUGGUGUCAGCUGCUGUUUUGGAUACAAGAAAAAAAAAAAAUCCCAUUUUUUUUUGUUCGUCCACUUGCAAAUCAAAAGACCAACAAACACACGCAGAUACAUGAAUCUCUUUUCUUUUAAAAAACAAAACAAGAAAACAGCAUAUAGAAAGCCUCAAAAUGUGGUCAACUGUAAAGUUUGUAAAAGUGUAAACGAACCAUAACAGGGACACCUCGUACCAGUUGUUAAACUUUACGCUAAAAUGUUUGUUCAGUUGAAGAGCCUGUGUGUAUUUCAAGGUUGUCUGUUAGAAUUAGUAUUUGUCAUUGCAGAGCUGACGCGCUAAGUUAAAAAUGGUAAAAACAGAGGUGCUGCAUUUUUAUAAAGCCAACUCAUUUGUUAGCUAGCAGGCUACUUCAUUACGAAUAAAUGGACAAGCUCACUGUACCGAUUUUUGUAUUCUUCGACCAAAGGGGAAGGGUGUCCCCGAGACCCAAGCGCAGAAAAGAAAAUUUCCUGAAACCAAAUGAAUUAGGGUAUGUUGUAUUUCAUUAUGGGGUCAUUUGUUAGCAGGCUACUUGUUGGUUUGUGGAUAAACUAAUGGGACUGAAACAUUUUUUUUAAUUCUGGGACUGGGUGGAUGGUUCCACGCGACUUGAGUACUGAAAAUAAAAUUUAUUUGUGAACCAAA